UGCCGAGGGGAGACACACACAUGGCUAAAUGGCUGCUAGCAAACACAGCAAUACUUCAAAGGAGGAGGCGUUUUACUGGAAGAAUCCGGCUACUCCUGCUGAAUCAUCAAAAUGGAGGCGAUGGAAUCUCCUUCACAUCUCUCUAUGUUGCCCCCCGUGGCGGUGUCUGACCCCGGUGUGACCCAGGAAGCUGCAGCUGGAGGUCAUGUUGUGUCUGGGAGGGGUCAGGGGUCAGCGGGUGAGCUGCCUCCCACUGAGCUCUCCCAGGACAGACAGUAGGACAUCUACCGACCAGUCCUCAACUAGCCUCCGUCCUGAGAAACGUAAGCUUUUUUCUAGACACUGUGCAUCAGUAACAAACAAAUAUUUAACAUAAUGUGUUUUUGCUUUCAGCUGAGCUUAGCACUAAACAGGAAGUGUAUUGGCUCUUCUUCAGAUGGGUGUCAGAAACCCAUAUGGGUGUGGGUUAGUGUGUGUGUGAGGGGGUUGGGUGAGGUGGCUUUGUUGCAGUUAGGGAGGGGUAGAAGUGUGUCAGUGCAGGUGUUGGGGUGUAAGGAGGCGUAUAUUUGAGGGUCAAGUUGCAUGUGUUUGUGUGUGCGUGUGUGUGUGUCUCAAAAGGCUGAUUAUAUAGGUAACCAGCAGGUGUUUGACCACACACAUAUACAUUACAAUUAAAAUGUAUUUAACAGGGUUUUCUUUCAGACUUAAGACUCCUGAAGCUGUAUACCCCUAUUUGACUUCCAUUUUUACUGGUUAAAAUUGCCCUAUUAUAUGUUUUGGGGGGUUCCCUUCCCUCUAGUGUGUUAUAUAGGUGUCUGUACAUGUAAAUGGUCUGCAAAGGCUAAACCUUAGCCUAAUGGCACAGUCCAAUUAACCAGGCUUAUCUACAUAGGAAGGUGUUGACCAGCAGCUCAGCCUUUUACCAGAAGCAAGGUGCAGAGGAGUCUUCACAGGGCCCCGUUAAGUGUGCAUAGCUUGUACAUUUUAAAGUGAUAAAUAUGACAGCAGCUCUCUGUGAUGUUUCUUUUUAUCAACUGUCUUGGAGCCACAGAAUACAUUAUACAACAUGUCAAGUCAGUGGAAUUCCCCUUUGAGUAUUGUUACUCACAUGCAUCCUGUAUUAAAAGCAACGCAGUGAUCAGUUCUACGCAAUAUAAAACAGCAAUGGAUACACUUCUCUCCUUAACUAACCUUCAACAUGCUCCUACACACACACACACACACACACACACACACACACACACACACACGCACACGCACACUAGUGGUCACAGUGGUCUGACAGUCUGACCUGCUGUGAGGCUUGGUGAAGUAAAGGUGACUCACUCCCUCUGUCUAACCCCGCUACAAACACACAGACCACAAACGCACAUAUGGGCGCUCACAAACACACACCACAACGCCCUCUCCCUCCGUUUCGCUUGCCCUAACCACAGCUACUUCCUCGGUGAGGACUGUUGGCUGAGGGGGGCAGGUGGUUAGUUUGAUUACACACUCACACACAAGCACACAACAAAGCCACAAGGCCAGAUUAAUAGAAGAGAAAGACUCUUCGGCGACAUUGAAUGUCAAAAAGCUCAUCAGCAAGGAGAUCUGGAGAACCACAUACUCAAUGCUGAGAGAGAGAGGAAGAUGGUGACAGAGAGGAAGUGCGGAAGCCGAGCUGCAAGCACGUCCACGGACAGAGAAGACGCCAUGUAGAGAAAGGUACACAGAAUGAGUUUUGUGGAUUAUUUUGCAUCUGAGUGGACGACUGGGAAAACCAAGGAGCUUUUUCAGCCACCUCUUCUCAGGAGCGGGACACCUCAGCUGGGAUGAAAAAAGGUGGAGUCUGAAAAACAUCUGAAGAAUAAUCCUUUCAUGGCAUCCAACAGUGUCUUUGGGUCAUUUUCGUCAGCUUUGAUUAUAGCGGCUGUCUGUCCCUCUCGUCCCCUGAGUUGGGGCCACCCUGAGGCCAGUGACAGUGGCAUGGCAAUGAUCAAUACCACACACACACACACACACACACCCGCAUGCUGCCACCCUUGACGAGAGAUCGAUGGAGGGAUAGAUUUUUACUUCUGCUUUUAUCUCUGCUGUUGCUGCUUCUGCACCCAGGAUUGAGGCAUGAACCCUGGGGCAUUCUCCAGCUCUGGCCCCCUGUCCUGGGCCAUGUACCUGAUGAGGAAAGGCCGGACAGGCAGCGGACUCUUUGACCCAGCCCCCGGCCGGCGUUACACCCCCCCCUCCACCACCCUCGCCUCGGGGGGGAAGAUGGCCGAGGCCCUGCCCCUGGGCACCCAGGAGGCCGGAGGCGGGGCCUCUCUGGUGGGCAAACUGCGCAUGGCUGACCGAGGCAUGGUGGAGGUGAUCUCAGAUCAUCCGGGGGAACUGGUGAAGACGGACAGCCCCAACUUCCUGUGCUCCGUGCUGCCCACACACUGGAGGUGCAACAAGACCCUGCCCAUCGCUUUCAAGGUGGUUGCCCUUGGCGACACCCCUGACGGCACCUUGGUUACGGUGAUGGCGGGAAACGACGAGAACUUUUCCGCUGAGCUUCGUAACGCCACGGCCGCCCUCAAGAACCAGGUGGCCCGAUUCAAUGACCUGCGCUUUGUGGGCCGCAGCGGAAGAGGGAAGAGUUUCACUCUGACCAUCACCGUGUUCACCAACCCUCCUCAGGUGGCCACGUACCAGAGAGCCAUUAAGAUUACAGUGGACGGCCCCCGAGAGCCAAGACAUUUGUGUCAUCUCUUCCUCCCAGGUCAUCGUCAGAAGAUGGAUGAAGUUAAACCCGGAACGCUGGCUUUCUCCGAGAGGCUCACGGAGCUGGAGCAGCUGAGACGGAGCUCCAUGAGGUUGACGCCUCCUCACCACCAUCACCAUCAACACCCCGCCAACAGCCGCCAGUCUGCAGCACUCAACUCUGCCGCCUUCUCUAGCCCUGCACACGCUCAGAUUACUGCUGACUCCAGGCAGAUGCAGUCGUCUCCAUCUUGGUCCUACGACCAAUCGUAUCCCUACCUUGGCCAGAUAACCACGCCCACUGUCCACACAGCCAAUCCCCUUUCGCCUGGUCGAUCUACGCUCAGUGACCUGUCCUCGCGUCUCACAGGUCCUGACCUCACAGCCUUUGGCGACCACAGGAUGACCUUGGAACGACCUUUCACCUCCCUCCCCUCCUUACCUGACUCCCGCUUCUCGGAUCCCCGGGUCCACUACCCCUCUACAGCCACCGCCUUCACCUAUGCCCCCUCUCACAACGCCGUAUCCAAUGGCACCCUCGGCCUAUCCAUGGCAACGGCCAUGGCGAACACUCCAGCGGGGAGGUACCACACCUACCUGCCUCCCCCCUACCCGGCGAAUACCCCCCACCAGGGUCAGAACGGGCCCUUCCAGUCCACCUCCUCACCGUAUCACCUGUACUAUUCCACCACCGCCGGAUCAUACCAGUUCUCAAUGAUGGCCGGCGGUGGGGGAGGCACCGACUCUCGCUCCCCGCCCAGGAUCCUGCCGCCGUGCACCAACGCCUCCACAGGCUCCUCCCUCCUGCACCCCUCUUUGCCCAAUCAGAAUGAAGGAGUGGGGGUGGAGGUGGAGUCCAGCCACAGUAGCUCCCCCACAAACAUGGCCGCUGCAGAGUCCGUCUGGAGACCGUACUGAAGCAGGCUCAAGGUGCUCCCUGGUCAUGUGACUUCACUGAAUAUACACACCAACACAAAAUAUGAUGUGACACGAGGCACAAGUCAAUGUAAAAGCGUGUCAAAAAACAGAUAACUCUUAUCUCGGUUAAAGGAUGAGGAAGUCUGAUGGUAUUUUAUAUUUUUUACGCAUGAAGAGCGCCAAACCCACCAUGUGUGUGUCUCUCUCUGGAUGCUUUCUGACUUUACCAUCCUUCUGUGGCUCUCUGCCAUCUAUGUUGUUCCCAGAUUUCAUCCUAGACCUUACUGAUUUCACACACCUCUACUGUGAGUGGAGUUUCAUCACAGUCAGGUUAGAGGAAAUGUUGCCACACAGGGUACAAUGUUGAGGGUCACCUUUCCUUGGGUAAACUACAAUUUUAAAACCUGCUGACUAUUUUAUUUAUAUUCAAGCACUGGAUUUUUUCAUGCCAUUAAAUAUUUGGAAAGACUUCACAGAGCAUGGUUCGUCAUGACUUACCCAGGAGCACCCAGUUUAAACAGCAGUGAAAUAACAUUGAAAAGGCUUGGAGAAAAACGAGUGAAUAUGGACAGAUGAAUGCAGCUUCCUUUGUAAAAAAAAAAAGCGACUUUCUCAUAAAUGGUGUUCAUUAGAGAUGAUUUGCUCAUGCCAAAUAAUUCGAUUGCCUGUUUAUGUUUAUGUUUGUCAUUGUUUAUUCCCAUGAUUGUAUCUCCUCUCUCAUUCUUCUGACAUUUUUCAAAAAACUGCCCAUUAUUGUCAUCAAUAAAAUAAGAAGACUGUUGGUGCUAUUACGGCCCUUGAGACAAAUUUGGACAGAAAAUAUAAAAACUGCAACAAAUCUUAAUUGACUGAUUACAUAUUUAUCAUGGACAGGCCUUACCACACUGAUUUCUACAUAUUUUGAGAGAACAUUACAGCAUGGAGUUCUGUAAAAUGCAUUAAUUUAUUCCAUUUUGGUAGCAUGUUGUGUGUAUGUGUGCGUGCGUGUGUGAGUGAUCCACUGUCGAUUUGUACUGUAUAUAACCAAGGCUGAAAAUGACACCGGCAUUUGAUCCUGUUUUCAUCACCCCUUCUCUUUUUGUUCUGACAUGUUGAUAGUACAUUUUUGAUUUGUGUUUUAUAUAAAAGUUCUUGGGAAAUAAUCCAACUUU